UGCUGCUGCUGCUGCUUCCGUUUAUAACCAAGAAGCAACAAACUCUCGCGCCGCAACCUCACACACAAGCUUGAGCUGGGUGAGAGAGAGAGAGAGAGAGAGAGAGUUCUUGGAGGGAUCGGGUGAUCGAGAGAUGAGAUCGAGGGUGGCGCUGGAGACGUUGGCGGAGGAGCCGGGCGGCGGCGAGGAGGAGGCGGCGCGGCGGAAGUCGUCGGGGCUGCAGGCGGCGCUGCACCGGGUGGCGCGCCGCUUGCUCUCCGGCGCCGGGGAAGACGCCCGCCCCGCCGCUGACCUCCGCGUGCUGCUCUCCGUCCUCGCCUGCCCGCUCUCCCCCGUGCCCAUCCUCCCCCGCCUCCCCCGCCAUGUGGCGUCGUCGGCGCAGUACAUCAUAGAGCAGUUCAGGGCGACGACGGGGUGCGGCAAGAUAGAGGGCGCGGUGAAGAGCAUGUACGCGGCGGGGAGGGUGCGGCUGGCGAUGCUGCAGGAUCCGGCCGGCGGCGGCGCCGGCGGUGGCGGCGGCGGCGGGAGGGGGCACGAGGGGAGCUUCGUGAUGUGGCAGCUGGCGCCCAGCAUGUGGAUCGUGGAGAUGGCGGUGGCCGGGCAGCACGUCGCCGCGGGGAGCGACGGACGCGUCGCCUGGCGCCGCACGCCGUGGGUCGGCGCCCACGCCGCCCGCGGCGGCUCACGCCCGCUCCGCCGCGCCCUCCAGGGGUUGGAUCCGGUGACGAUCGCGGCGAUCUUCUCGACGGCGGAGCACGCCGGCGAGAAGCUGGUGGACGGCGAGGACUGCUUCGUGCUGCGGCUGGACGUGGGGCCGUCGGUGCUGUCGAGCUGGAGCGACGGCACGGCGGAGGUGAUCCGGCACGGCCUGACGGGGUUCUUCAGCCAGCGGAGCGGCCUCCUCGUCCGCCUCGAGGACUCGCAGCUCACGCGGAUCCAGUCCCCCGGCGCCGCCGCCAUGUACUGGGAGACCACCAUCUCCUCCAGCCUCGCCGACUACCGCGCCGUCGACGGCGGCGGCGGCGUCCACGUCGCGCACUCCGGCCGCUCCACGGCGCACCUCGCCCGCUUCGGCGUCGGCGUUCGCGCCGCCCGCGUCGUGACGCGGAUGGAGGAGUCGUGGACCAUCGACGACGUGGCGUUCAACGUGCCCGGGCUCGGCCCCGACGCCUUCAUCCCGCCCGAGGAGGUCAGGAGGAGCCGCUUCUACGACGCCAUGGCCGCCGGCAAGUGAGAUCGAUCAACCUGUUCAAGAAGAGAGAAAUGGUGUAACACGUAGAGAGUUAGCUUCGGCUGUGUCAACGGUCAACCACCCAGCUCUGCUUGUGUUUGUGCAUCGAAAUUCGUGCAUGUACAUAUGUGUACCAACCUGAGGUAAUUACUCCAUCCGUUUCAGGUUAUAAGACUUUCUAGCAUAUAUAUAUAUGUUAAUGAAUCUACGCAUACAUAUAUGUCUAGAUUCAUUAAUAUACAUAUGAAUGUAGACAAUGCUAGAAAGUCUUAUAAUAUAAAAUGGAGGAAGUACCUAAGUGAUGAGUAAUAAAUAGUUACACAAUUCUUAAACCUGUAUUCUGAGUAGUUCUGACUUCUGAGAAGAUAAAAACUACUGAACUGACUUUGCACAGAUUGUAGAUACCUGCUUAGCCUUACUACAUGUCUCUAGGUUAUUGCGAAGUGUUUUUGACAAUCUUAAUCUUCCUGUCUUCUUGGAAGUAUAUACUACUACAUGUGAGUUGCA